AAUUGUCCGCCCCUCUUCUUUCUCCAAAAAUUAAAUGGACUUCGCCAUUUUACAUGUGCAACCACCAAGCUUCCACACAAUUUCAUUGACCCUCCACUACCACUGCUCUUCCAAAAGCAACAAUAACGAUAAACAAAAACAACUAAAGCGAAAAGAGUUUCACCAUAAGAAAAACACUCCUCCUGCCCUCCCUUUCCGAAGAUCCUCCCCAACCCCACUCUUAAUCAACCACAAACCCUUCGCGCAAACUAAACUCCAAGCCCUGGACGCUGUCGUUAAAGACCUUGAAACUUCCGUCAAAAAUGGCAUAAACAUCGAUUCCGAGAUAUUCUCCUCGCUGUUAGAAACAUGCUACCAAUUAAAAUCCAUUGACCACGGCAUUACUAUCCAUAGUCUUAUACCCAAAAACCUAUUACGUAAAAACACUGGCAUUGCUUCGAAACUUCUGAGGUUGUACGCAACGUGUGGACAUAUCGAAAGUGCCCAUCAAUUGUUCGAUGAAAUGUCUAAACGUAACGAAUCUGCGUUUCCAUGGAAUUCUCUUAUCUCAGGAUACGCAGAAUUGGGACAAUACGAAGAUGCUUUAGCCCUUUACUUUCAAAUGGAGGAAGAGGGUGUUGAACCUGAUCGAUUCACAUUCCCUCGCGCGUUGAAGUCUUGCGCGGGAAUUGGAUUGAUUCGAAUUGGAGAGGAGGUUCACCGUGAUGUGGUGCGUAAGGGUUUUGGAAAUGAUGGAUUCGUGCUUAAUGCUCUUAUUGAUAUGUAUGCAAAAUGUGGGGACAUUGUUAAGGCUAGGCGGGUUUUUGAUAACAUUGUAUGUAAGGAUACCAUUUCCUGGAAUUCUAUGUUGAAGGGUUAUAUUCGUCACGGGUUAUUGGUUGAGGCAUUGCAGGUGUUCCGUGGGAUGAUUCGAGAGGGAUUUGGGCCUGACCCUGUUGCUAUAUCGACAAUUCUGUCUAGUUUUUGGUCAUUGAAGGUCGCGGUACAGAUUCAUGGAUGGGUUCUCAGGCAAGGAAUUGAGUGGAAUUUGUCUGUUGUUAACUCUUUAAUUGUUGUGUAUUCUAGUCAUGGGAAGUUAGAUCGAGCAAGUUGGCUGUUUCACCGAAUGCCUGAGCGGGAUGUUGUUUCAUGGAAUUCAAUUAUCUCUGGUCAUCGACAACACCCAGAAGCUCUGGUGUACUUUAAUCAAAUGGAGAGUGGUGCUACUUUACCUGAUAGCAUCACGUUUGUGGCAAUAUUAUCUGCUUGUGCUCGUUUAGGUUUGGUUAAGGAUGGGGAGCGGUUGUUUUCAUUAAUGAGAAAGAAGUAUGCGAUCAAUCCAAUAAUGGAACACUAUGCUUGUAUGGUAAAUCUUUAUGGGAGAGCAGGGCUGAUCGAUGAGGCUUUCAACUUGAUAGUCGAGAGAAUGGAGUUUGAGGCUGGGCCUACUGUGUGGGGAGCAUUGCUUUAUGCAUGUUCUGUUCAUGGAAAUGUAGUUAUCGGAGAGAUUGCUGCUCAAAAUCUUAUCGAGCUGGAGCCAGAUAAUGAACAUAAUUUUGAGCUACUGAUGAAGAUUUAUAGCAAUGCAGGGAGAUCGGAGGAUGUGGAGAGAGUGAGAACAAUGAUGUUGGACAGAGGAUUAUAGACUAAGCACAGCACGCCAAUAUGGACUUGUGUGUGAUGCUGGUAAAUCAAAGCUCAACUGCACCUACCCAUAGAAAUGGAUUGGUCAAGCUUCUAGCAGAUGGCUUUAAUUUUUUACUCUGCCAUCUGUCUAUGAAUUCAAUUUAGCUAUUAAAGCAAGUCACGUAGUAGAAGAAAAUAGUAAUAUUAAGAAACACAGUGAUUUUAACUACAAUUUUGGCUUGAUGGUAACGGUAAAACGGGGAAUACACUGUUCAUGUAAAACUAGACGAGUGUUGCUAUUCGCACUCUAACAAUUACUCAAAACAUUCAUUUAUUUUUAAUACCCAAUUUUUAACUCAACACUCCCCAUAUCCCAAAAAAUAAAUUUACCAAAAAAUCCAAACAUCCCAUCUCCAUUUCUCUCACACCCCAUCUCCUCUUUCUCUUACUAACUGAAAAUCUUAAAGGAUUUUAAGUUCAAUCAAGUCAAAUUCAAAAGAAAUUUCACCCAUAUUAAGUUAACAAGCAUAAAAUUAAAGGUAAAUUUUUAUUCUUUCUACUUUU